UCCCCACCCCAACCCUCCGUCCAGCUCGCUCCCGCCUGCAGCUCCGAGGCUGGUUGCGAGGAGGACGUGCAGGGGCGGGACCCGUCUCCCCGCCCCGCAUCAGACCUCAGAUGCGCGGGGACAAAACGCGGUGGCUGCGCGGGAACCCGGGGCGCGCAUAGGCGAGGCGGGGCGGGGCAGGCCUGCUGCCCUCCCCUCCCGGACCCUGGCCCCCUGGCCAUCCGUCCCCGGACCGCGCAGGGCCCGGCCACCAGGGUGCUCAGGCGCUGCCUUCGGCCGCGCCGGAGGUGGGGGAAGCCCGGGCGGGGAGCCUGCGCGCGGCCGCCCGGAGCUCCGCAAAGUUGGCCCCGGAGAGGCCGCGGCCGCGGGGAGCGGGGCAGGGGUUGGCCGUGGGAGAAGCCGGGGUGACAGGCGCGCAGACCCCGAAGGCCGCCGCCGGUCCCCGGAGCCUGGGAGACUGCUCCGCCCUGGGAGUCGUUCUCCCGGCGGGCGACUCGUGAGAAUGUCCGUCUGUCUGUAGGAUGCGUUUGUGUUUAAUGUCUGGCAAGGAGUUAAAAAACGACGCAGGAUGCACCCGAAAAACGUACCAAGCGUCUGUGGAGUCGGUUGUGUUGACAGUGACUGAGAGUGCCGGAGCGGGUCGGAGCCGGAGAACGCAGGAAAAACCGCGUUAACAGAAGACCGGCAACCUCGGGCCCCAGUGCGAAAUAAGCCUCGGUUCGGAAAGUUGCUGCAAAGAGAGCAAGUGGGCGGCAGGACUGGAGCGGGCGACCGGCGGCAUGCGCACCCCCGGACUUGCGAAGACCCAGCGGGUCGGGGACGCGGGCCCCGCGGCGCUGCUGCGCUUGCUGGUGGUCGCCGCCGCCGUGGGCCGGGGCGCUUGCGGGCCGUGUCCCGUCGUGUGUAUCUGUGCCACGGACUUAGUGAGCUGCACCAACAGAAACCUGUCCCAGGUGCCCGGGAACCUUGCUGGGCUGAUAAGGAGACUGGAUCUGAGCUAUAACAGCAUCGGGCCUCUGGACCCAGAGUGGACCCCGGUGCGCUUCCAGAGGCUGGACACCCUCAUUAUUCGUCAUAACAGCAUCACCAGCAUUUCCACGGGCAGCUUCUCCGCAACCCCAAAUCUCAAGUGCCUUGACCUGUCCUCCAACAAGCUGCAGGCCGUGAGGAGCGCGGUGUUCCAAGAGCUGAAGGUUCUGGAAGCCCUCCUGCUCUAUAACAACCGCAUCUCCUAUCUGGACCCCGCGGCAUUUGGGGGGCUCGCCCAGCUACGGAAACUCUACCUGAGCGGAAACUUUCUCACGCAGUUUCCCAUGGAUUUGUAUGUUGGGCGGUUCAAGCUGCCAGAGCUGACGUUUCUAGAUGUUUCUUACAACCGGAUACCGUCCCUGCCAGUGCAGCACAUAAAGUCGGUGCCGGGGAAGCAGCUGAGAGGCGUCUAUCUCCACGGAAACCCGUUUGUCUGCGACUGCGCGCUGCUGUCCUUGCUGAGCCUGUGGCACCGGCGGCGCUUCAGCCCGGUGGUGGACUUCCAGGACGACUACACGUGCCGCCCGCGGCCGCGCGCCGGGCGUCCCCGGCAGGUGCAGCUGCUGCGCGGCGGCUCCCUGAACUGCUCGGACGCGGCCCUGCGCGGGCCCCCGCGCGCUCCCGGCGCCAUUCGCGAGGCGCGAGUGGGGGAAAGGCUGGUUGUGCCCUGCGGCAGCGCGACGGGGGACGCGGGCGCCGACUUCUUGUGGGUCGGUCCGGAUGACCAGGCGCUGGGCCCCGGCGGAGAGGUGGACCGCGUCCGCGUGCUGCGCGACGGGAGCCUGCUGAUCGAGAGCCCGCGGCCGGAGGACGCGGGCGUGUAUUCGUGCACCGCGGUGGACCGGCGGCACCUGCUCAACGCCACCGCUGACGUCACCAUCCAGGUGAGCAACCGCACGGCCGGCAGGCCCCACGCGCACGAGGCCUUCAGCACGGCGCUCACCACCCUGGCUGCCUGCGCGGCCAGCGUCGCCCUGGUGCUGGCCUACCUCUACCUGACGCCGUGCCCCUGCGGGGGCCGGGGCCGGGGCGGGGGCCCACAGGCGGCGCAGCACGCGAGCGAGCCCUGCCCCUCGGCGCGCGGCCCCGACCCUGCCCGCGCCGCGCCGCACGCGGCUGCCGCGAAGAGAGUGGCGUUUCUGGAACCCCUGAAGGGCGCAGCGGGGCGGGACGACGGAGCCGGGCUGCUUCCCCGCGAGGCGGCCGCAGCCGAGGGCAUCCUCAAGCCCGCCCGGAAGUGCGACUCGGAUUCGGUCAGCUCGGCCUUUUCGGACACGCCCUUCGUGGCGCCCCCUUGACCGGCGAGGUGGCCUGAUCCCUGCGCAUCCCACCCGCGUGGUCUGCGCGGAAACGCGCGGGGGCGGUGCUCGGGUUCCUGGAAUGCGAGCCUGAUAGGAAACGCGGUGAAGCCCUGGCGUGCUUGGGUGUGCGAGAGGCAGACGGGGUGCUUCCCGCGGUUUAACUUCCAGAUAACAGCAUCGUGGGCUGUAGCACGGCUCAUAACUUCCGUGUCGGCCUGGGGGUGAUGUGCCUGACAUGUGCUCUUACUCAGGAUUCUCGGAGGGACCGGUAAUGUCAUGCACUAGUGUUCUUGAGAAGAAACGUUAGUAACUGACCAGGACAAAAAUUAAGACAUUUUAAAGAAAAGCAUCAGUCCUAUUUUUAAAAGACUGAGAAGGAGGAGCCGAGCAGCAGUUAUUUAUAAAGCACAGAAUAAAGUUAGAUUUGGGAGUAAUUCAGCUAUUUUCAUCAUUUCAGGUCUGGGUAAAUAGAUUACACUGAUUAAAAUUUACUGCGUAAUGCCGCAUCCCGUAUGGUAUUAGGGAGAUAGUGCAGUAAAGUUACAUUUGUUUGUCUUCUUUCUGCUCUGUACAUUUCCUGUCCUACAAAACUAAUGGAAAGUUAAAGUCAACAUUAUUUGUUGCCGUGAGUAGGUAGGUGUCAAUACCAAAAUGUCUAAGUUCUUAAACCUUUGUAGCAGACUAAUAUUCGUUUAUAUUGUGUAUAUGUAUAUCUUGAAUUACAUGAACUAUUCAAUAGACCCUUCUGUAUUGUAAAUAAUGUAUUCUGUGACUUGAUGUCCUGUUUUAUUUGGCUAUUUAAAAACAUAAAUCUAAGAUGUUUCAUGUGA